AUGUACCCAAUCGUGCCAAUUACAUGUGGUCGUCCCGUAGGCGGGUUCAGUCGGCAUGGCAACAUAUGUUGUUGGCCGGCAGCGCGGAUACCGCAAGACAAGGUUGAGCGAUCCUCGAGCAAGGAAUGCCACAUGACACUCCACCCGAAUCGGCGCUUCCCGCACUCAGUCAUGUUUUACGCUGUGGCAGCCCAUGUCGCCCCAUCCGAUCGGGCCAGGCAAGAUCAGCCACAUGCCAAAAAUGUUACUCAACACAUCUACCAUGUGGUUUGUGUGAUUUUUUCCUUCGCGCCAACUCACGCCGUCUCCAACCGUCUCCUGAUGCCAAGGCGGCAAGAAGUUCAGCAAUCAUGA